AUGAGAGGAGAGCCGAAAGAUGGCAAGAAGAUCGGCGAGGGUACCUUCGCCAACGUUUACAAGGCGGUUGAGAAGUCGACCGGCAGAAAAGUCGCGAUCAAGAAGAUCAAGGUCGGCGAAAUGAAGGAUGGAUUGGAUAUGACGGCGCUGCGCGAAGUCAAGUUCCUGCAGGAGCUACACCACCCGAAUAUCAUUGGGUGUGAAGCAGAACGUGAACCUCGUGCUCGAGUUCCUCGACACGGAUCUCGAGGCCGUGAUCCGGGACAAGAGCCUGAUCUUCCAAACCUCAGACAUGAAGUCGUGGACGGUCAUGAGUCUGCGAGGACUCGACCGAACAACUUGCUGAUCGCGUCGAACGGAGAGCUCAAGAUUGCAGACUUUGGCCUCGCGCGCGAGUUUGGCGACGCGGGAGGGAAGAUGACAUCGCAGGUCAUCACUCGAUGGUAUCGACCCCCGGAGCUUCUGUGGGGUGCGCGCUAUUAUUCUACGGCAGUGGACAUGUGGUCGAUAGGAACGAUCCUUGUCGAGCUCGUACUGCGCGUGCCGUUCCUGGCGGGUGACUCGGACAUCGACCAGCUGAAGAAAACGUUCCACGCGAUGGGUACGCCAACAGACGAGGACUGGCCCUCGCUUCCGGACUACACCGAGGUCGCGCAGUUCCCGAAGAACCCGUGGUGGAACCUCGUCGCGUCGCUGGGCAAGGAUGGGCAGGAUCUCUGCCGCGAGCUGCUGAAGUACGACCCGAAGCAGCGGAUAAGCGCCAAGGCGGCGCUGACGCACCGGUGGUUCACGAGUGCGCCGCGCCCGACGCCGCCCGUACUUCUGCCCAAGCCGCUUGCCGAGCUCAAGCCCCGCGACAUCGGGCCGAUAGAGACCAAGCCCCACCCCGAGUCGGGCACGAAGCGCAAGGCGUCCCCUGCGCAGGAAGCGGUGCGCAACGUCGCGCGAAAGCUGUUCGUCUAG